UCAUGAUGUGGAGCUUCACAGCUCUCUCUCUGGUUUGGGGCGUGUGUGUGUUGUAAGUGUGUGUUGGUUUGAGAGGUGUGUGUGUGUGUUUCAGUGUGUGUAUGGAGCUGUCAGAGAGGCAGGUGGACCCUUCACUUCCCCCGGUGUAGUCCCCGCGGAGGGACACCACCACAUACGCACACGGUUACCGGAUUACUUCACGUUAAUGUCGCUUCUUCUUCUUCAUCAUCGUGAACAUGACUUCUGUGUGGAAGAGACUCCAGCGGGUCGGAAAGAAAGCGGCGAAGUUCCAGUUUGCUGCUUCGUUUCAAGAACUGACGAUAGAGUGCACGAAUAAAUGGCAACCAGACAAACUGCGUGUGGUUUGGAUCCGGAGGAACAGACGUCACAGCACAAAGCUCCACGGCUGGCAGCCGGGGAUUAAGAACCCGUACAGAGGCGUGGUGCUGUGGCAGGUUCCAGAGAGUUUAGACAUCACUGUCACACUCUUUAAGGAGCCUACUGCAGACGAGUUUGAGGACAAGGACUGGACCUUUGUCAUCGAAAAUGAGACUAAAGGUCGCAGGAAGGUUUUGGCGUCGGCUGACGUGAACAUGAAGAAGUUUGCGAGUGCGACGCCGGCUCAGUUCGACGUCACCCUGAAGCUCAAACCGCUCUCGGUCAAAGUGAUCGACGCCACGCUGAAACUCAACCUGUCCUGUGUGUUUCUCAAAGAGGGGAAAGCCACAGACGAGGACAUGCAGAGCUUAGCGAGUCUCAUGAGUAUAAAAAUGAGCGACGUCGGGAACAUGGACGACUUCAAUGACAGUGAUGACGAAGGCGGCGGCGGCGAGGAGAAGAGGUCGAGCUUUGGGAGCGGACAGUCUCCUCAUGUUACGGCUUCUUCUGCAAACAGACUUCAUGAUCUGGCCUGGAGGCCCGUGGUCGGAUCAGGACCCACAGUCACCUCAGAGAUGGACUGGAAAACCUCCUCCCCCAUCUCAGUCCCAUCUUGUCCUCCUCUGCCUGAGCCCCCCUUCUCCUCUGUCCCGUCCUGUUUACACUCUCACUCCCCGACCUCCACCCAGCAGGCUCGGCCCUCCAUCUACGCCUACUCACUGCCCGCCUUCACCCGAGCUCACCCUCCCGCUCUGCCCAAAAUCUUCCAGCCAGGUGCCGGAUCAGCUCCUCGGAGGCCUCACAGCUUCCACUGUGACUCCUCUCCAGCUGAAGCUUUGGAGGCCACAGCUUUCUCCUCCAUCACUCCUUCUUCUAAAGCCCUCUCCAGCUCCUCCCUGUCCUCUGCACCCUCUGAUCCAUCCCUAUUUCCUCUCCCUGUGUUUGAUACCUCACAGACAGCCUGGAGUGCACAGAGCAUGCCCUCCUCUUCCUCUGUCUCCUCCUCAUCUUCAGCUCCCCUCAGCACCUUUGCUCUUUUACCUCCACCUCCUCCUACUCUCCGACAGCCCAAAACUCGCCUCUCCUCUGCGGGGGAGUCAGGCUCUGUCCUCACCCGUCCCACCAGUCUGCCGUCUGCACCCGAGACAGCCUCCUGGCAGAGUGAAUGGAGGCCUCCUAAAUCCCAGGCCCCGUUAGCCCAGCCGGUUCGCUCUCCCAAGUUUCUGCGUCUCUCUGCGAGUGAUCCCGUUCAGCCUGCAGUGCUGCAGAAAAAGCAGAGACUCGAGACGCCAUCUUCAUUCUCUCUGUCCACCGCUCACUCUGUGGAGCAGAAACUAGAUGGAAAGUCUGAGUUCGUCCCCUCAUGGAGACCCCAUGUCACCCCGACUGUUGAGGCUCCCUCACACUCUUCUUUAAGUCCUUCUUCUGUUCUCUGUGGGCCUUCGGCUCCUCUUCCUCCUCCUCCUCCUCCUCGUCCUCUUCAGACUCAUAUUUUCCAAACUGCCUCAGCCUUCCCCUGUGACACUGAUGCAGAAUUUAAGAGACAGCUGAGCACGCUGAGUGAAGAGGACAACCAGAGUACAACACCAACAACCUCUGAUCCUCGACCCCCUGCAGGCCGGAGGUCAGAGCCGUUCAGGGCCUCAGAACGGAAAAGAGAUGCACAUUUUGGAUACGAGGUUGUGAGAGCAUCAGCAGGGCCUGAGAGUAUGGCCUCACUUUUACCCCCAAACCCCACAACACCCUCAGCCCCAGGGCUUAAGUAUUUUGAGAUGCCUAAGACACAGAUGGAUCAGACAGAAUCAAGGCCAACAAGGACAUUCCCAAUCGUCCAGCCGACAGUUCCUCCCUUUCACUUCACUUCUUCAACUACGCGAAACCCUGAUCUCCAAGAUCACACAUCUGCCUCGGACAAGGAGCUCUCACAUAAAUCAAGAGGUCAUCAGUCCAAGAUGUCCAUUCAGUUAGUGAAUACGAUAGUCCAACCAGAGCCCGUUGAACAUACACCAGUUUCUCCUACCAAACUACAACCUACUUCCAGAUCUCUCCAGGGACCUUUGUUGCAUUUGCCUAAAACUGCUGCAAUUUCUGACACAAAAACAGUUUCAAGGAUAGGAGUGGGCCAGAACAAAGAAUCUGCAACUAUGGACGAUGGAAAUGAGAACAGUUCAUCUCGUCCCAGAGAGGCCAACUCUGCUUUUCUGCCAAUGGUGAUGAACACAAAAACUGAAGUUCAGUUUGGACAACAGUCCAUUGUGAAAACCCCACAGAGUGAAAAGCCCCAAGGUGACACUAAAGAAAUUUGCCCUACUAUUCCAAUACUCAGUAUCGAAGAGCAAACACUGUGCAGCACAUCUGCCUCUGACCAAGCCCCUCCAAGAUUGGACGCUCAUCUAAGGUAUUCCUCAGCACAGAAGACCAUGUCUGACCAUUCAUCAGAAGUGAGAGAAGGAGCUAAAGUGAAAGUUGAAUUGUCUGUCACAAAAAGUGUUGAUAUGCAUGGUUCAGAUCAAGAACAUUGUUUGGAAAAAGAGAGAACUGGAAAUGCGUCCUGGUCUUUUGAUAAGAAACAAUUGUGUGAAAGGGAUGGGAGAAUUACACAGGAACUUGUGUUACCAAGCUCUGCAGUCAGCAUUGAGGAAAAGUGUGCAUACAAAUCUAAGCUGGAACUUGGUCAGUUGUCUCCAAGAGGGAGAGCUGUUUCUCAAUUACCUUCCACUGUAAAGCCUGAACCUCAGGUCGAAGGAACUGUCAGAGUACAGAGUAUGAUUACGUUUCAGUCAAGUUGCCCACAAUUUUCUAAGAUUCCUGGUGUUCCAUCAUUCGAUGAAUCUCAACUUUUAGAUUGGCCUACCAAAUGGAGCUCACCUUUUCAAAUGUUACCAAGCAAGAGAUUUCCUUUACUCCUGAAAUCAGGUUAUUUUACUUCACUUUAUACAGGUGGAAAAGAAAUUGCUAAAAUGGUUGACUUAACCCCAUCCUGCUCCAGGUCUGCCAGUAUUCCUGGAUUUCCUUCUGCUUUGAAGCGCGAGCCAAAUAUGACCUACCUUUUACCUACAUGUCCCAGAGUUUGUAAAAUUCCGGGAUUAGCUUCUUCUGAAACAGUGAUGGGCUAUGACAUGAGUGUUUGGGACAGGUGUUCUCUGUGGAAGUUACCGUUGCAGACAAAAGAAUUUGUUUUGGACAUGUCUUGUAUUGAGGCACUGGUAGGCAGUGAUCCUAAUAUCAUUAAAGCCAUGGUUUCCAUGUUGCCAACGUGUUCUACAAAGGUCAGGGUGCCAGGGUUUCCUUCUGUGCCACUGCAGGAGGCUCCAAGUACUCCGAGUAUGGCAAGUCUUCUCCCUACAUGCCCCAAACAGACAACAAUUGCAGGUAUGCCGUUUAAAGAAGUUGUUAUGGCAAAUUAUGACGGCUGGCAUUUUGCAGGGAAAUUAAUCACAGAUAGACAAGUUGAAAAGUCAUACCGGGACAAAGAACAUAUAAAACAAAUGAUGGAUAUGAUAUCAUCUUCUGCCUUGAAGGCAACCAUUCCUAGUUUUACCCCCCAAAGAGAAAUAUUCUGUUCAGUAACAAUGUCACCCUUGUGUCCUGUGAGAACUUGCAUUUGGGGGAUUCCCACAAGACCCCAGAAAGUGAUACCCAGCAUUGUAAGUCUGAUGCCUAUGUGUCCUAAACAGUCCAAAACUCCCGGUUUGCCAUCACAUGACCAAAACUUGUCAAAUGACAUAGAUUGGCCUGCCUUAGGAAAAUUAAUCAAUAAGAUACCAGAAAAGAAAACACAAGCCUACAUUGUUCAGUGGAUACCAAAAGCCACAGGAACCGUUCACAAUAUGGUAGAUAUGUUGUUAAGCUGCCCACAAAAAGCCCAAGUUUGUGGCAUACCCUCUGCUCCACAAAAAGAGCCCAGUAUGGUAAAUAUAAUUCCCUCGUUCCCCAAGCAUAGUGGAGUCCCAGGUUUACCUUCAAAGAUUGACUUAAAACUUUGCAAUGAAUGGUUUUCUUUUAAAAGUUUGCAGUUGGAAAACCAAUUUAUAAAAAGGAAAGUGGAGUCCCUGACUACAGGUCUGUCAUUUGAUAAGAAGUCUGCUGAAAUGAUGAAUGCGUUAUCACCCUCCUGCCCUGAUAUUUCUAGUGUGCCUGGGUUUCCUUCUCUUUUGACAACCCCAUUACCUGAUGAUCCAGCUAUAAUGAUCGUAACGCCAUGUUGUACCAAGGAAUCAAGAGUUCCUGGAUUACCACUUAGACACAGGACCUUAUUGCCCCACUGCCCUCACACAGCAUGUUUGAGUGGCUUUCCAUCAGAGCUAUGUCAGAUGUUGGAACAUUUACCAAGUAUGGUCAGCCUGCUGCCUAUGUGUCCAAGACAAUCUAGGGUUUGUGGAAUAGCUUCCAGAUUCCACAAUGACUCUGAUGAAGCAGAAUGGAGUGAUUGGAAUGAGUGGCCAUUUACAAAUCAAAGGAGACUGCCACUAGUACAUGACCUGAUGAAGACAUAUUUAAAAGAAAAGGUACUGGUUAGAAUUAUGAUUUCAAUGUUGCCGCCCUGUCCCAAACACUCUCUUAUUCAUGGAAUACCCUCAAAGGUAGAACAGAGACCAGUGAAGUCUUUGUUGAAAGAGGCUCCCAGCAUGUUGAAAUAUUUUGCUAGUUUCCCAGAACACAGUAAAAUCCCAGGUUUACCUGCAAAGAAUAAGGGAAAAGAAUAUGAUUGCUGGAAUUUAGAAGGGAUUGUAAUUUGGGAAAAACCAGUUCACAGAAGGUAUGUAGUUAUUCAGCAAGAUUUCACUGUUCAGGAAAUGUCGAUUAGGGAGAUAGAAAUAAUGUUGAGCAUGCUUCCAUCAUGUCCAAGACAAGCCCUAAACCCUGGAUUUCCAUCUGCUCCACGACCCCAAGAUGGUGACGCCAUCAUGGACAAAAAUCCAGUCAUGGCACAGUUGCUGCCAUGUUGCCCAACACAGUCAAGUGUUAUUGGUUUGCCUUCCAGAGUGUCAUUUGAUUCUGAACCCAAAGAAAUGGGUUGGCCAGAGGCAAUUGCUAAACAUGGUGCUCCUCAGAAAGAUAAAAUGAAGGAAUUCUCUCGUCCAAACAUUUCUCUCAGUACUGGCCCCUCAUCGUUGACACCAUCGGAUGUAGAGUGGCUUGCAAAUAUGGUGCAUAUUGUACCAUCUUGCCCAGAGGAAGCUUCUGUUUAUGGGGCUCCAUCGAUACACCAUUCAGGACAGGUUUGCUCAGACAAAUCACCUCCUUCACUGAAGUCUGGAACAAAAGCAGUUGAAAAGGAAAGAGAAAACCUGACAGGUCAACAGCUGUCAAAUUCAGCAAGCCUACUGAAUCAGCCAUCCUCUAGAGUUAUUAAAAUUGGGACGCUAUUGGAUGAAGCUAGCCCAAUCACCUUAGAUCUUGACACAAAGAAAGUACCAUUUGAUGUAUGCUCAUCUUCGGAGAUGCAUAGAGAUGAACAGGCCUCAUGGAUACCGAUUGAAGCUGAAGAAACAGCAGUUCUAGAAAAAGGAAACUUGCAUUGCAGUUUGUGGCACUCAGUCCCGGACAUGCCACUAAUCUUGAGUGUUAGGAAGAGACCUGUUGCUGAUAUGGCAGAACUCCCAUCCCACACCCAAAUAAAUAACACUGAGCAGCAGUUACAAGAAUACCCCACCAACAGAACCACAGUAUGGGAGGAGCUACCUAAGGCAACACCAGUAAAAUAUCCUACAGACAAGUCUAUACUAUGGGAGGAGCUACCAAAGGUGUCUAUAGAGUUAAACAAAUCAGUGGAGGGAAUUAAAACUUUAAAAGAAAUGGUCAGGAUGGUCCCACCGUUAUCUGAUGCUGCAAUCACUACAGGUCAACCUGCAAUGUCAGAAAAAACGGAUGAAAUAAACACGAAGACUGAAGCUGGAAUGGCAGAUCUGUUGCCUGAAUGCCCAAAUGAAUGCCCAACAUUCAUGGACAGUGAAUUGAGCUGGGAUAAGAGCAGGAAUAAGCCAAUAAAGGAUAAUGAAGUUAAAGAUGCUCUUUGUUUCAAAGGACAUGUAGAUCUAGUGGAACAUGAGAUGGAUAAAAAGAAAUUCUUAUCUAGUGAACAACUUGUUUCAUACAAUGCAAACCCUUUGUUUUGUCAGUCCACUUUUUCGGACAUCUGUCCCAGUUUGACAAACAUCCCUGGCAUGCCAUCGAAAUUAUCAGUAAAAAAAGACAAUCAAUUGUUUAUAGAUCAAAAGCCGAUCUGGGAGAAGCAAUCAAAUAAUAAGGAAGUUUUACAGCUUUGUGCAUCAAAAGACGAUGAAAAGAACAAGAAGGAAAUGGUUUUACUGGUACCAUCUUGCCCCAGUGAAGCCAGAAAUCCAGGGUUCCCAUCUGUACCACAAAACAGUCAAGGGCCAAGUAUGUUUUAUUUGAGUCCUUGUUGUCCAACUGUAUCUGUUAUACCUGGUUCACCAUCUAUUUGUGAAGCCAAUAUCAGAUCAUGGGAAUCACAGCAGGAACCAUUUUUAGAGAGGAAAUUACAAAGCGAACCUGCUGUCAUGACAGUGUCACUAAGGGAGAAGAAUAAUGAAAGUAAACCAAUGGGAGUUUUGGUAGGGACUUGCCCAAAACAUUCUUGCAUAACAGGCAUCCCCUCGAUUCCCCAAACUCCUGUAUCACAUCUGGAAUCAGGUAUGAUGAGCCUUUUGAGCCCUUGUCCUAAAACUUCUGAACCUGAAGCCAAUAUAAUGGAAAACAUGGUCAGUCUAUUAAACUUGUGCUCAAAAAUGUCACAAAUACCAGGAUUCCCAUCUUCUGAUAACUCAAGAGAGUGGACAACCAACAGGGAGCAACUAUGUGCACCAAGAAGACAAGGAAGGCAGGUGUCAUUGAUUGGCAAAUGUCAUAGAGAUAAGACAGCAAUAAAAGCAAUGGUGUCUCUCGUACCAUCCUGUCCAAAAGAAGCACGGACAUCAGGAUUUCCUUCUUGUCCAAAUCCCGAAACUGUUUAUUUUGGACCAAGUAUUAUCAGUCUUUUUACAAUGUGCUCCCAAGUUUCCAAAAUAUCUGGAUUCCCAUCAGUUGAUUUGGAUAAUAGUCUGGGAUGGGUUACAGAAAAAGAUUCUUUGCUGAAAAAGAAACCAAAGACAGGGAUCAUAUUUGACACAUUAAAUGAUAACAAAAAGAUAAUGAGGAAUAUGAUUUCCUGCGUCCCAUCCUGUCCUAAAGUGUCAAGUAUUCCUGGUUUCCCAUCUAUUCCAAAUCCCCAAAGUGUUUAUUAUGGCCUUAGUGUUGUCAGCCUCCUUCCUUUGUGCCCUCUAACUUCUCACAUCCCUGGAUUUUCAUCAGUUGAAGAGAAAAAGCAAGAGGGAUGGGCUGCUGAACUUGGUUCAAUUGUGCACAGACCACAAAAGAAAAUUCAGUUUAGUAUUUACAACUGGCCAAUGAGCAUAGACAAACCAAACACAAUGUUUUCAUUGGUUCCUUCUUGCCCAAGAGCGUCACAAAUUACAGGCAUCCCAUCUGUCCCCCGAUACAAUAUGUUGAGUCUUGUACCUGUUUGCCCCAAAGUAUCCAGCUUUCCUGGAUUAUCAUCCUUUGAAGGUGCCUCAGAACUCCACUGGCUUUUUGAUCCACACAGUUGUUGUGCUAAGCCAUCGAAGGAGACAGUUUUUAUGAUACACAGUUUUGAUCAAGACUUAAAAACUGUGAAGAAAAUGUUGGCCUUUGCACCAUCUUGCCCAGAAGCUUCCAGGAUCCCUGGGUUUCCCUCUGCACCUCAAACUAAAUCCAAGGUUGAACCCAAUAUGAUAAGUUUUGUACCUUGCUGCUCCAGCGCAUCGAAUCUUCGAGGAUUUGCAUCCAUGACAACAAUCCCAAGCACAUGGUUACUGCAUGAAACGGAAACAAUCUCAAUGAAGCAUCAAGAGAAGAGGGCAGAAAUGCUUGUGCCACACUUUAGACAGGACCAGGUUUAUUAUUAUAAGCUAAAAAGCAUGGUGACAUUAGUGACAUCCUGCCCAAAAGAGGCCAGAGUAAAUGGCUUGCCCUCUGCUCAAGUGUUAAACAGACCACCAAACAUCGUCAGCUUAUACACAACUGCUCCAUGUGUUUCAUGCAUUCAAGGUUUCCCAUCAGCAAGGAUGCUUAGCUAUGAAAGUACAGAUAAACAAACUCAGCUAACACACAGCAAGUCCCUGUUUGAGAAACUGAAGAUUGAGAGGAUUUCUCUUUUUGAUAACAUUGGAGCAAAACUUGAACAUGGACAAGAAGAACUGAAGUACAUGGUAGCAAUGGCUCCUUCAUGUCCACAUUUGACUGGGAGUCCUGGAUUUCCCAGCAUUUCACAACUGAUUCCAUCUCAGAAAGAAACAAUGACCAACCCACUCCCUUGUUCUUCUGAGGAGCAUUCAUGUCAAGAACUGCCUCAUGCAAAGUCGACACAGUCAAACCUCAAAGAUGCAAGAAGUGAUAGUGUUCCUUCCACACACAGCAAAGCUCUUGCAUACGAGGGCAAAUUUGAAGGUGAAGCAACGCUAAACGUAGACCUUUGUGUAGAUGACGGCAAACCCCAAGAAGAGAGGAAAGCAAAAGACGAAGCCCAAACACUGAUUAAGCCGCUGCAUGCAUCAGAGCCGGUGAGAGUGUUGGGUUGGGAAGUAUUGGAGGCAGAGGGAACACUGACAGAAAAACAGGCAUCUUCUUUGGCGGCAAAAGAGGAAGACAGCUCAGGAUUAGUAAAGGCUAUUGUAGGUGUUUUCCACAAAGGUUAUGAAACAGUAGCAUCUAUUUUGGGGCCAUCUACCUCUACUGUAGCUGAAGUGGAUCACCAACACAAGGCUGUCCCCUCGGUUGAUCUAAAAGAUACAACACUGAUGCCAUCAGAUGUGUUUCUUCCUGAAUGCACAGACAACGGUACUCCGAUAGAGAAAAUAGAGGCCCCGUUUGAAGACAAUCAAAACAUUGAAAAUCCAACAAUUGCCGAGCCAUACAUGUUGGACUUGGAAGGUGAUCAGUCUGCGUCUCUGUUACCAAUCACUGACAACGAUGAUGGAUUUUUGAAAAAUGCAAACAUGAAGAAAUGGCCCCCGCUGACGGAGGCAGAUAUCACUGAAAUCUCAAAGGACGAUGGUGAACAAGUAGAGGAACAAGACAUCAGUAUUGAUCAAACAACAGAGAAUUCCCUGACAGAGCAGGAUUCUGUUCAAAAAUCAAGAGACAUUGAAAGUUUGUUAGUAAGGCACCAGACUGAGACAGAACAGCCUGACGUUAAAACAGUGUCACAGCUGGAUGAAGGCACCCAACAAAUGAGCAUGGAAGAAAUUGUUGCCACACCCCUGCAGCCCUCAUCAAAUGAUUCACUGGCAGUUCCUGAUGUACAUAGGGAGAUACUCAUGGAGAAAACUGCUGAUUUGAAGGACAUUAGUCCAGUUGGCCCACAAGCUGACAUAGUUGUCCCAAAGCGAGGCAGAAGACCAAAGAGAAAAGUGCAAGAACCUCCACAGAAAUUCAGUGAUCAAGAAAGACACACUGCUCCAGUACGACCACUCAGAAGGAAGGAUAGUUUAACACCAGACCGGAAACAAAAUACUAACAGCGUCUUGGGCAAGAAUAUCCCUGAAGUUAUUCCUUUGGAGGCUGUGAGGAAAGAUGCUUCUGCUGAGACAGUUGCCACACAAUCAGCCAUUUCCACAUCUUGCAGCAUGAAGAAAGAAGAACAAGACAGUACAAUUCUUCUAGGUGUUCCUCAAAACGAUCACGUCGGAGAAAGUCCCAUUACUCAAGUAAAACAAGAUGGAGCGGACCAUAGACAAGCUACAGAGACUGAACCUGUGAUUACAUCCGUAGAUGAAGUCCCUCCUCAUCAUGGAAAAAGAAGAGAUGGUAGUUUUCCGCCUGAUACUCCACAAAGAACUGCCCCUUGCAAGCCUCAGAGGAGAAAAGACAGAUCCAGCAGAGAUUCAUCCAUUCCAAAAGCUCCAGACCAACAAGAUUUAAAUGCCCAAAUGACCUCUGCUCCAAAAAGUCCUGAUCCUGUUCCUACUCAACCUUGUGAGCAAAACCCAGAAGCUCACGGAAUAAAGAACAUUGGCAAACUUUUUCAAAAUGCUGCCGAAAUUAUUCCUUCAGGACAAGUUGAAACCAAAGACCUAACACCUACCAGUUCUUUUGGGAGUGGAGACACAGAAUUGGUCAUCUCAAAGGACAAAGAAAAGAUACAUUGUUCAUUGGAAAGCACCUCUGUCCAGGACUCUUCUAACGCCAGUCCUUCCUUGGAAAUAAAAGAAUGUGAGAGUGUCACCAAAAUGCAAGAGCCGGAGAUCUUUCCUGUUGAGCAAACUACUUCUCUCUCAAUCAUCAAGAAGAUACGUCUUCCACAACGUGGCAAGAGAUUGCCUUCAAGAAAGUCUGGCAAAAACAACUUUGAAAAGGAAAAUAUAGAACAAAAAUUAAAUGUUACAAAUGAGGAGUCUGUAAAACCAACCCAGAUUGUCGACGAUGCUAUUGGUCAUACAGAAGAAGAGAAGCAGACAACUAUAUCUAAAGACACAUCUGUUGAAACGAUCAACAUCACAACCUCUAAGAAAGCUGAGGAUACAUUAGAGAAAGCAGAUGCAGAGAGUAACAAAGAUAUAACUCUUCAAAUCCCAAAGCCUCGUGCUAGAAAACGUCUCAGUGGCUCUUUCCCUGAAAACAUUACAGCUAUAGAGAGCACUUCUAAGGCUACCCUUGGCGGCAGCGGUCCUCCAUCCUUUUCCUCAAACUCUCGGAGUGAUGAACCUUCUACGUCUCCUGAAGAAGUGGCUCCUGUAAAGUUGAGAAGCAGAAAACGCGUUGAGAGCAGUGGGAAAGUCAAAGAAGAAGCAUCAAGCUUACCUGUACCAAAACCUCGAGUAAAGAAGCGUCUGAGUGGCUCGUUCCCAGAUGACACUACGGUUUCUGGUCCCUGCCCAUCAGACACAGCAACUGACAACAUUGGUCAGGAAUCAGUUCAACAUAAUGAACAGUCAGGGUUGCUUGUUCCGUUGCCUCGGACAAAGAAACGUCUCAGUGCAACUUAUUCAGAUAGCACACCACCCGUAGACAAUUUCUUCCCCCCAGAAAUAGAAUCGUCCCAAAAAUCUCAGGCGGAAACAUCUGUCCUUAGCAAGGAACCGAAGGAAGGUUCAACAUCGAUGGAUUCAAGCGUGGUCUCUGUAGGCGAUUUUGUCACAGUCCAAGGAGAAGAUGAUGCAACGUCAGAGCUGGAACGAGAAGUUCUGGCAGCAAUGAGAGAAGAGUUUCCACAUGCAGAUUCUGUUGAAGAUACGGCAAAGGCACUGGAAGAAAUCAUUGAAGGCUGGACCUUUACAGAUAAACCUGUUGUUGCAGACAAACUUGCUGUUGGGGCGAUGUCGGAGCUGGCUGACAUGGAACAAGUCCUGGGAGCAGAGGUUGACAGGUCCUUGGCUUCCACUGUUGCAUCUUCUCCAGAUGACUGGCUGCAUGUAGGGGCUGAUAAAGAUGGUGAACACGUGGAAACAACCUCGAGGAAGGAAUUGAGAGAUGAAGAGUUGGACUUUGGCUUUGUGUCAGUAGAAGUAGCUGCUGGUUGUUUAGAGGAACAACAAAGGAAAACUGAGCACACAGACGAAUCUUCAGGACAACCUGCAGGCCUUCAUCAAAAAACAGAACCAACAACACCUCAGAAAACACCUGCAGAGGGAGCCGCCUCGUCAGAUAAUUUUACCGCGAGUCCAAGCCUGGUGACAUCCAGUCACUCUCUGCUACAGUGGUGUCAGGAGGUCACACAGGGUCACAAGGGAGUAAAGAUCACCAACUUCAGCACAUCCUGGAGGAACGGCUUCGCCUUCUGCGCCAUCUUACAUCACUUCCACCCAGAACAGAUAAACUUUGAAAUGCUGGACCCGUAUGACAUCAAGUCAAACAACAAAAAGGCGUUUGACGGCUUUGCUGAACUUGGUAUUUCCCGUCUGAUGGAGCCUUCAGACAUGGACAUGUUAGCCGUACCUGACCGUCUCAUCGUCAUGACCUACCUCAACCAGAUCCGCACACAUUUCACGGGCCAGCAGCUGAGCGUGCUGCACAUCGACAAGGACAGCAGCGAGUCCAGCUACGCGGUCGCAGCGGACAGGGAGACCCCCGAGGACCCCGAGGCGACGGUGCGUUACUGCGCCCAGAGGCUGCAGGAGGAGGGGAUCAGCCUGGAGGCUAAUAGGACAGCAGGCAUUGCAGAGGAGAGUCAAACCAGUACAGACGUGGUUCCUCCUCCGAGAACCAAACGGAUGCAGGUCGCUGGGGCGCAGAUACCUGUCGCACCACCCAGGACUCAUUUCCUGUCCAAGUCAGCAUUCUCUCAUGUCAAAGACGCCGAUCUGGUGAAGAAGAGGAGGUCACAGCGGCGAAGUGGAUCACUGGACGAAGGAGAAAUAUCAGUGGUCGUAGCAGGGGCGGAGGAAAGUGUAAUCACCCGGAGAAAGUCAGAAACUGGUGUCACAGAGGGAACAGACGCCGUGGUCGAGGAGGGACGAGCAGAAGGCCAGGACGCCAGUCAGUAUGUGCUGAGUCAGAUGGAAGCUCUGGAGGCCGAACAAAACCACAUCGACAACAGAGCCGGGGUGGUGGAGAGGAAACUCCGACAGCUGCUGGAAACAGGAAGUGAUAAGGUGGAGGAGGAGCGUCUGAUCCAGGAAUGGUUCACGCUGGUCAACAAGAAGAACGCUUUAAUCAGGAGGCAGGACCAGCUGCAGCUGCUGCUGGAAGAAGAAGACCUGGAGAGAAGAUUUGAGCUGUUAAACAAGGAGCUGAGGGACAUGAUGGCCAUCGAAGAGUGGCAGAAGACUCGGGAUCAUAAAGUCCGAGAGCAGCUGCUGCUGCAGGAGCUGGUUUCACUGGUGAACCAGAGAGACCAACUGGUGCACAACUUAGACGCCAAGGAGAGAGGAGCUCUGGAGGAAGACGAGCGCCUGGAGCGAGGUCUGGAGCAGCGCCGGAGGAAGUACGCCAAACAGCAGAAAGAGAAGUGUGUGAUGCAGUGAUUUUAUUAAAACUCCAGCAUGCAAACUCUGAGCUUUUAUAAAAGGAAGUGGGACUGAAUUAAGGACAGGACAUUCGUCUCCUCUCACCUUCUACCUGAUGGAAGGAGAGGAAACGAGCAUCCAGCAGGAAGUGGAUGUUUUGUAAACAGUCCAAACUUGACAGGAAGUUCAGCUCUGAGAAAUGUUACCCAACUUCUCCUCAGAGCCUGAGAGAGAGAGAGCUGUUUGUAUCUUUUAACGGUUUGCUUUGCAGUGUGUGUGUGUUUUUAUUUGUGACUUUAGUUACAAAGUGUGAAUGUUCAGAGUGUUUGUGAACGUGUGUACGACUGACACGAGCCAAGCUGCCAAAAGAGAAAAGGAAACGAGGUUUGACCAGCUCAGCCUCCACCUGCUGAAAACCAAAAUGUGGUGCCAGAAGACUCAGACGUACAAGGAUCAUGUUUCUCCUGAUGACUGUUACUCAUCUUAAGAGGGGGAGAAGUCCUCGAACUGAUCGAACCUCCUGAAGCAACGUUUUUGAUUCAUCAUAAAACAAUCAAUUGUCUAUUUCUCUGCCUCCAUGGGAUUUGGUUACAAAGAAAUUUAGUUAUUUUUAAACCUGGGCCACAUUUUAAAGAUUUAGAGGUCAAAUGACUCAAAACGUCUCCAGUAGAUUCUCUCAUCUGUCUGCAGCAGGUAAACAGAUUGUAACGUCUGCAGCAGGUAAACAGACUGUAACGUCUGCAGCAGGUAAACAGGCUGUAACGUCUGUUUACCUGCAGACGUUGAGAUCUUACCUAGUUUAGAAAGUUACCAGAUAGACCCUUUGUUAAGGAUCCGGUGAAGGAGAGGUUGUGGUUUUGGAAAUAAAAUAAAACAUGUUAAUGUCAGCCGUCGAGGAAAGGAAAUAUUUGAGCAUGCAGUUUCUCACCUGAGAGGCCUUACUUUUAAAAUGAGUUUUCCUGCUCACGUUUUGUGAGUUUCCCUUCUGUUCGCUCUUGUGUAGUUUGUUUAAGUUUUCAACGAAGCCACAAAUGGGUUCAUUUGGACGUGAGGGGAAGAACAGAUUGUUGUGUUUGAGGUGUUAAAAUGUUUACAUCAUAUUUUAUCUUCGCCGAGGAGACGACAGGACGAAGAUGCAAAUGGGAAAUAAAGCCAAGGAAAGAAGCCAUGCAGCAAGACUUUUUUUUAACUAACUUAUAGCGUUUAUUUAAAGUUUGACUUCAAGUUUUAUUAUUUAUUCAAAAUAAAUACAGAUAUGAGGGAGAGAUCAGUUACAUCAGAACAUUUUCUUUACACUCAGACGCCUUCAGUCAUAUGAUCGCAGGCUUAAAGGAGCAGUAUGUAACUGACACCUAGUGUUUAAAAUGGGUACUGCAGUCCAAAUUCUCGAAGAGAGCUGAUAACUGGUCUCAUAUCUGGCAAAUCGAGGGGCGUCCAAAACAGCUGUGUGGGGGUGCCUUAAAACCGCCUACCUUCUCUGGUCCAAACAAAUCCAGAUCAUUCAGGACCAGAAUCUAAA